CCUGGAGAGGGAGGCAGGCGGUCCCUACCGCAGGCGCGGGGAGCUGCCUUUCCGCCCCUCCGCCUGCUUUCCAAGCCUAGGCUCUUAAGAGUGGCUGAAGCUGCGGAGCGCUUCUGGAGGCUGUGAACGAACCCUCCUCCUCUUCCUCCUCCUCCUCCUCGCUGAGUCUCCUCCUCGGCGCUGACGGUACAGUGAUAUAAUGAUGAUGGGUGUCACAACCCGCAUUUGAACUUGCAGGCGAGCUGUCCCGAGCCUUUCUGGGGAAGAACUCCGGGCAGACCGGCGCAACAGUCUCGAACAUUAGGUGCUUUGGACAGUCGCAGGGACUGGGAUCCGCGGCCAGCUCCGCAUCCUCCCGCACUGUCCCGCACCCUCCGCACCUUUCCCCAGGCCUCCGCGCUUCCUAUGUGACCCGCCCCGGCAACGCCGAGCCUAUUCGCGCAGCGCUGCAGUGAUUUUUUCCCCCCAAACUCUGCAAUAAGUCGCCUUUCAAGGACAAGAUGUUGAUAAAUAUAAAAGGUCUCUUAUGGAUGUGCUCUACCUUAAUAGCAACCCAUGCACUACAUAAAGUCAAAGUGGAAAAAAACCCUCCUGUUAAGGGUUUCCUCUCUGGAAAAGUCAACUUACCUUGUCAUUUUUCAACCAUGCCUACGUUACCACCCAGUUACAACACCACCAGUGAAUUCCUCCGAAUCAAAUGGUCUAAGAUUGAAGUGGACAAAAAUGGAAAAGAUUUAAAGGAGACGACCGUUCUCGUGGCCCAAAAUGGGAAUAUCAAGAUUGGUCAGGGCUACAAAGGGAGAGUGUCGGUGCCUACGCAUCCUGAGGCCGUGGGAGACGCCUCGCUCACCAAGGUCAAACUGCGCGCGAGUGACGCCGGCCUCUACCGCUGCGACGUCAUGUACGGAAUUGAAGACACCCAAGACACCGUGUCGUUGACCGUGGACGGGGUUGUGUUUCACUAUAGGGCAGCAACCAGCAGAUACACUCUGAAUUUUGAAGCUGCACAAAAGACUUGUUUGGAUAAUGGAGCAGUCAUAGCAACCCCAGAGCAGCUCUUUGCCGCUUAUGAAGAUGGAUUUGAACAGUGUGACGCAGGCUGGCUGUCUGAUCAGACUGUUAGAUACCCCAUCCGGACACCCCGAGAAGGUUGUUAUGGAGAUAUGAUGGGGAAGGAAGGAGUCAGGACCUACGGAUUCCGUUCUCCUCUUGAAACUUAUGAUGUAUACUGUUAUGUGGAUCUUCUGGAUGGUGAUGUGUUCCAUGUCACUGCUCCCGAUAAGUUCACCUUUGAGGAGGCCGGAGAAGCAUGUGAAAAUGAGGAUGGCCGGCUGGCAACGGUUGGGGAGCUGCACGCAGCUUGGAGGAACGGCUUUGACCAGUGCGAUUACGGUUGGCUGUCAGACGCCAGUGUGCGCCACCCGGUGACUGUGGCCAGGGCCCAGUGUGGAGGUGGUUUACUUGGGGUGAGAACCCUGUAUCGUUUUGAGAACCAGACAGGCUUCCCUACCCCUGAUAGCAGAUUUGAUGCCUACUGCUUUAAACCUAAACAGAAUGUAUCAGAGACUACAACCAUCGAAUUGAAUAUCCUCACAGGAACUGCAGCACCUAGUUUAUCUAAGGAACCACAAAUGUUACCUGAUGGAACUACGCCAAUAGUCUCCUUAAUCACAGAAUUACCAGUUUUGACAACAAAAUUCCCUCCUGUGGCAAAUAUAGUCGAUUUUGAACAGAAAGCCACAGUUCAACCUCAGGCUGCCACAAACAGAUUAGCCACGGAAUCACCCACACCUUCUGGCAGUAGCAAGAAGCCAUGGGAUGUGGACUACUUGCCUUCUGGUUUAGGACCGCUUGGGGAGCCAGGCAUACCUGAAAUUAAGGAAGAAGUGCCCCACAGUACAACUGUUGUCUCCUAUCAUGCUACUGAUUCAUGGGAUGGUGUCUUAGAAGAUACACAAACACCAGCAUCAGUUACACAAAGUGAACAGAUUGAAGUGGGUCCCUUGGUAACCUCUAUGAAAAUCUCAAAGCACACACCUUAUAAGGAAUUCACUGUAACCAGCACACCAUAUGUAGCCACAAGAAUGACUGUGGAAUCCAAAACUGAAAAGACAGUAAGCUCUAUUUCUGAAUCAGUGACCACAAGCCACUAUAGAUUCACCUCAGGAAAAGAUGAUAGUGAAGACAGAAUACAUACAGUUAGACCUGGUCAGAGCAGCUUGGUGUUUAGCCAAAUACCUGAAGUCAUUACAGUGUCAAAGACUGGAGAAGAUACUACCCGCACCCAGCUAGAAGUUUCAGAAUCAGUCUCGGCAUCCACAAUUGUUUCACCUGUAACCAAGCUUGACUAUGAUGGAUUAUCCGCGGAAAACUGGGAAGAGAAACAAACUAAUGGUAGGAUAACUGAGGAUAUUUUUGACCAGCAUGUGUCCACCACACCUUUUCCACUACAGCUUCAUACUGAAUUAGAAAUUAUUCCUAGUUCUGGUGAUGAAAGAUUAACAGAGGGAGUAUUUACAGUUAUUUAUCCCUCUCCACAAACAGAAGUAACACAAGGAAGAGAGAGAACAGAAACACUAAAGCCAGAGAUGAGAACAGAUACUUAUACCAGAGAUGAAAUACAGGAAAAGAUUACCAAAGACCCAUUUAUAGGAAGAACAGAGGAAGAAGCCUUCACUGGAAUGAAUGUCUCUGCAGCUUCCUCAGAGCAAAUUCAUCUUAUAGAAUCUUCUGGGGAAAUGACCAAAUCUUUUGAUUCCCCAGCACUGACCACAACUGAGCUAAGCAUGGAGUCAACAGAAGCAGGAGAUGUGGAGGAAGACUUUACAGAUAGUUAUCAAGAUACUACAAAGUAUGAUGAGGGUAUCACACCAGUGCAUUUGACCCACAGUGCUUUAAAUAUGGAGGUAGUCACGGUAUCAAAAUGGUCACGGGAUAAAGAUAAUAUAACAUCAAUGCCUUUAGUGUCCACAAAACAUGAAGGCUCUCCAAAAUUGUCUCCUGCCUUACUCACUACUGUAGAAGUGAAUGGAAAGGAUGAAGAAAGCCCUGGCUUCACUGAACAUGGAAGAGAUGAGUAUACUCUCAUCCUAGAUAGUACUCAAAAGCCAUUAGAGAAGUUUACUGAGUAUUAUUUAAGAGAACAUGGGAAAUUCACAGUGGGCUUUCAACCAACUGCAUCAAAUGGUAUUGCAGAAAAGUCAACUUUGAGAGAUUCUACAACUGAAGAAAGAAUUCCAUCAAUCACAAGAACUGAAGGCCAAGUAGUUUAUGCAACCACGGAAGGAAGUGCUUCAGGUGAAGGACCAGAUGUGGACAUCUCUAAGUCAGUGUCUACUGUCUCCCAAUUUGCACACACUUCAGAAGUGGAAGGAUUGGCAUUUGUUAAUUAUAGUAGCACCCAGAAGCCUACUGCUUAUGUAGAAACUUCCCAUACUGUUCCUCUUUCUGUAAUUCCCAAGAAAGAAUGGGGAGUUUUGAUACCUUCUGUUCCAUCAGAAGGUGAAGUUCUAGGUGAGCCAUCUCAAGACAUACAUAUCAUUGAUCAGACUCACCUUGAAGCAGCCAUUUCUACUGAAACCAUAAGAACAACCACAGAAAUUGCACAGGGAAGAACUCAGGAGGAAUUCCCUUGGGAAGAACAGACUGCAGAGCAACCAGUUGCUGCUCCCAGUUCUACAGAUGGCAUGCCCAUGGAAGCAACAACACCACUGGACGAGCAAGAAAGAAAUGGGUCAGCAUACCCAUUCUCUGAAGAGAGCUUGGUAACAGGUUCUGAGAGAGUCUCAGUUUUAGACACAACUCCAGAUGGAAAAAUGGAGCACAGUAUGUCUUAUCCACCUGGUGCUGUAACUGAGCACAAAGUGAAAAUGGAUGAAAUGGGGACACUACUACCAAGCAUGGGGCCAAGAGUAUCUUUACGUCCAGGGCCUGAAAAAGAAUUUGAAAUAGAAGGUAGUAGUCCAUGGGAAUUUGUGUCACCUCUGAGUCCCUUCAGCACACGUGAUUCUCUGCUGAAAGAGGAAACCACUACUGAGAAAAGAGAGAAAACAUCUGUAGAUUAUAUUGAUGUAGGCUCAGGAUUCUUUGAAAAGCCCAAAGUCACAGAACUCCCAGAAUUUUCAACAAUUAAAGUCACAGUUCUAAGUGAUAUCACUACAGUCUUCAGCUCAGUGGACAAACUUCACACAACUUCAGCAACCAAGCUGUCUUCAGCAUCCACUGAGAAACCACCUCUCAUUGACAGGGAACCUGGUGAAGGAACAACAAGUGACAUGGUGAUCAUUGGAGAAUCAACAUCUCGUGUUCCUCCUGCUAUCCUCGAUGAUAUUGUAGCUAAGGAAACGGAAACCGAUAUUGAUAGAGAGUAUUUCACAACUUCAAGUACUCCUACAACACAGCCAACAAGACCAUCCACUGUGGAAGGCAAAGCGACCUUCGGACCUCAGACAGUUUCCACUCCAGAACCCCCAAAGGGGACAAAAUUCCACCCUGACAUAAAUGUUUUUAUUAUUGAGGUCAGAGAGAACAAGACAGGUCGAAUGAGUGAUUUGAGUGUAAUUGGUCAUCCAAUAGAUUCAGAAUCUAAAGAAGAGGAACCCUGUAGUGAAGAAACAGAUGCAGAGCAUGAUCUAAUUGAUGAAAUUUUACCUGAUUUACCUGAGGUAAUUGAAAUAGAUAUAUACCACAGUGAAGAAGAUGAAGAGGAAGAUGAAGACUGUGCAAAUGCUACUGACAUAACGACCACCCCAUCAGUGCAGUACAUAAAUGGGAAGCAUCUAGUCACCACGGUGCCCAAGGACCCAGAAGCCGCAGAAGCUAGGCGUGGCCAGUUUGAAAGUGUUGCACCUUCUCAAAAUUUUUCAGACAGCAGUGAAAGUGAUCCUCAUCCAUUUGCAAUGGCCGAAACUGAAUUGUCUACUGCAGUGCAACCAAAUGAAUCUAAAGAAACAACUGAAUCAUUUGAAAUUACGUGGAAGCCUGAGACUUACCCUGAAGCACCAGAACAUUUUUCAAGUGGUGAGCCUGAUGUUCUCCCCACAGUCCAGUUUCAUGAAGAAGAAGCCACAGAGGGAACAGAAUCAGUCACCAAGAGAGGCCCUGAACUUGAUAGUCUGGUACAUAAAAAUACUGAAACUGUACCUCUGUUUCCUGAAGAAUCUUCAGGAGAUGCUGUCAUUGACCAAGAAUCUCAGAAAAUGGUCUUCUCAAAGACUACAGAAGUAACAUUUCAUGAAGAGACAGAAAAAAGUACUUCUGUUACAUCUGCUCCAAGCACAGCCUCAAGUUCUGGGGCAGCAACCAUUUCAGAGGAGGAAUCAACUUCCCUAACAGGAAGUCCACUGCCUGAUGAUCGAUUGUCCACCAUAGAAAACUGGCUGGAAAUAACCCCUAGAAAAAUUGUAGAGCUCUUAGGGAGUCCUUCAAUUCCAAGUCCAGAAGGCUCUGGGGAAGAAGAAGAAGAUAAAAAUGAAAUGUUCACUGUGGCACCUGAUACAUCACAAAAAAGUACUACCAAUACACUAACUACUUUAGACACUGGCAAGAGAAUGAUUACGGAAAGCAUUUUGGAUGUUUCUGCAACCACCAUUUAUUCUGUCUCUGAACAACCUUCUGCAGAAGUAGUCCCUGCCAAAUUUGUAAAAGAAACAGACACCCCUGAAUGGGUUUUCAGUACAUCUCUUGAGGGAAAGAAAAGGAACGAUGAGGAGGAGGAGAAAAGUCCACAAACAGUUUCUACCGAUGAAAGACAUUCACCGACACAGAGAUCAGAUCAAUUAAUUUUACUCUCGGAAUUAGAAAGUUCAAGUGAAUCUCCAUCUAGCGAUUUGAUAUAUUCUACUAGGAAAAGUGUUACAUCCUCGACAGCAUCCACACAGUCUGAAAAGGAAAUGACGAGUUCUACUCUUGUCUUGACAGAAUCAAAUGUUGUAGAUGAUUUUGGAGCACAGGCCACUGGGCAGAGCAGUAGCAGUCAACCUAGAGUUCAGGAAGCACUGACUACUGCCCCAUCUAGCCCUGUCUCUCCUUUUCUGGAGCAGAGUUCUGGGGAAGCUGCUGUUGAUCCAGAAACCACCACUCUUUCUUCAUUUUCAUUAAAUUUACAGCCUGGAAUUCAAACCCAAAAGGAAGCAACUGGUACUUUAUCUAUCCAUGUGGAAAAUUCGUUCCCUUUUGAGCCAACUGGAUUAGUUUUGAGUACAGUAAUGGAUACACAGGUUGCUGAAACUAUAAGCCAGACAUCCAAAGAAAAUUUGGUUUCUGAGGUACCAGGAGAGCCAAAUCUUGGGGCAGAAAUAAGGGUCUUUUCUACAGAUUUUCCUUUGGAGGAAGAGUUCAGUGGUGAAUUUGGGGAAUAUUCAACAGUGUCUCAUCCCAUAAGAAAAGAAGAAGCAAUAAUGAUGGAAGGCUCUGGAAGCCCAAUAUUUAUGGAUACCCAGAUUUCAACUUCUGCAAUUCCUACAUCAGAUUACAUUAAUCAUAUACCUGACUUGGAAAGACCCAGUAGCACCCAGGUUAGCACUUCAGCCUUCCCUUGGGAAGACUUCACAACCUCAGCUGAGGGCUCAGGCGAGCAAUUGGAAUCAAUCAGCAGCUCUGUUGACCAAGUGCUUCCCAGUGCCAAGGGAAAAGUUUCUGGUACAGAUAAUCCAUUUAUUGACCAAGGGUUGGAGGAAGUGAUUGCUGUCAAGGAAGCUGAUAAGAAAUCCACCAUUUUACCAAUGACAGAAGCUCAAGGUACCGAAGCACCAACAGAAGAGGGGGAAGUGAAGGUUGAUAGCACAGUUUCUGUGGACUUUCCCCAAACAAUGGAGCCUACUAAAUUAUGGUCCAGGCAUGAAUUUAGCCCCAUAACAGAAGGAAUUGAAAGUAAAACAGCAUCAGAGGAGAAGAUUAAAGAACAAAUAUUUUCUGAAUCUCCCCAAAGCUCUGUUGCACCAGGACAAACUUUUCAUUCACCAAUAUUUACUGAAGCUGAGCUCUUAACAACAGGCUAUUCUAUACUAACAACAAAGAAAACUUACAGUACUGAUAAGGAUAUGGAGGAGGAAGGCAUUUCCUUAGUUAACAUAUCAACUCCAGAUAUGGAUGCAGAGGGCUUGGAACCAUACCCUACUGUCCCUGAAGCUACUCAAAAACCACGUUUUUUCUUAGCUACUCCUUCAGUGACUGAAUUUAUGCCAUCUGAAAGUGUGGUUACAGAUUCAUCAAUCAAAGAGGAAGAAAGUAAAAAACACUUUCCCAAAGGUAUGAGACCAAUAAUUAAAGAAUCAGAUACUGAUCCCUUAUUCUCUGGAGUGGGAUCAGGAGAAGAAGUUUUGCCCACUCUACCGAGAGUGUCAGUGAAUUUUACUGAAAUGGAACAAAUCCUUAGCACAUUACUUCCCAAGACUUCUCAAGUGGGAAGUUUAGAAACAAGGGUCUCUAGUGAUAAAACUGAAGACUAUGACGGAAUGCAAAAUGUAGCAAAUGAAGUUAGACCACUCAUUGCCAAUACUGCUGGCAUCUCUGAAGGUAGCCAGACAGUAUCCAGUGCAACCUUAAUGAAAAUUUUAAGCGACACAGGAGCAGAAGUACAAACUAUGGCACCUCUCCCUUUCUCCACUAACUAUGAUCAUCCUGAAAAUCAGACUCUCAAUUGGGCAGAAGAAAUCCAGACCAGUAGAUCACAAACUAUGAUGGAACAGGUCUCCCAUAAGAAUUCUUCAACAGCAGAAACUAAAGAAACAGCAACCUCUUCCACUGUUUUUCUGGCUACAACUUAUGGUCUUGAAAUGGCCAAAGGAUUUGUUACAUCAGCACCAAAACCAGCUGAUUUGUAUUAUGAACAUUCUGGAGAAGGAUCUGGGGAAUUAGAUAUUGUUGACUUAGUCCAAACUUCUGGAACAACUCAGACAACUGGGCAAGGAAGCACCACAUUUGUUUCUGAUAGUUCCCUGGAAAAACUUCAUGAAGCUCCGAGUACUAAAGCCGUUUCUGCUGAUGGACUCCCAACAGUUUCAGUGGUGCUGCCUCUUCAUUCAGAGCAGAAUGAGAGCUUCCCUGAUCCAACUAGCACAAGUGCAAUGUCAUAUGAGAUGUCCACAGAGGGUCCUGAAGGUAGUUUCCAAGAUAGUUUCAGAGGAUUUGAGGAUUCCACCUUAAAACCUGACAGAAGAAAAGCCACUGAAAAUAUUAUUAUAGAUCUGGACAAAGAGGACAAAGAUUUAAUAUUGACAAUUACCGAGAGUACCAUCCUUGAUAGUCUAUCUGAUCUGACAUCAGAUAAAAAUGCUAUCAUAGAUAUUGAUCACACUACAUCUGUAUAUGAAGACAUCCUUGUAAUGCAAACAGACACAGAUGCAGAGGUCCCGUCAGAACCACAUAAUAGUAAUGAAGAAAUCUCUCAAGUUCAAGAGAAGUAUGAGACAGCAGUUAACCUUUCUUUAACUGAAGAAAAAUUUGAGGGUUCUGGGGAUGCUCUUUUGUCUAGCUACACUCAGGCAACACAUAAUGAAUCAAUGAUUUCUGAAGAUGGAAGCCAAUUAGACCACAUGGGCUUUAUCACAACUGGGAUCCCUGUCCCUAGUAUAGAAACAGAAUUAGACAUUUUACUUCCCACAGCAGCCUCCCUGUCCAUUCCUAGUAAGUCUGCCACAGUUAAUCCAGAGACUGACGAGCCAAAAAUUAAAGCAAAAACCUUGGAUGACAUCUUUGAAUCAAGCACUUUGUCUGAUGGUCAAGCUAUUGCAGACCAAAGUGAGAUGAUAUCAACAGUGGGCCAUUUGAGGAGGACACAGAAGUAUGAAGAAAAGAAAUAUGUAGGUCCUUCUUUUCAGCCCGAAUUCUCUUCAGGAGCUGAGGAGGCAUUGGUCGAUCAUACACCCUACAUAAGUAUUGGUACUUACCUUAUGACUCAGAGUUUAACAGAGGCACCUAAUGUGAUAGAAAGAUCCAACCCCCCAGGUUACACUGAGACAACACCAGCAGUCUCAGCAUCUGUGAAGUUGUCCUCACAGAUGCUGCCAUCUCCAGUCACUAUCCAAUCAGGAAGUGGAGCCUCUGAACCCACAGAGGUCCUCGAGCCAAGUGCUCUGCCAGGUACAGAUGUGGACACAUCUCAGAUGUCCCCAGAAGAUUCUUUUAAGGAAGCUCAUGCAACCAUUGAAGCAACUUUCAAACCAAGUGAAGACGACUUUCAUAUAACUGCACCUCCGUCCUUAUCUCCUGACGUGGAAGAAGAAAGUAACCUUAAAAUAUUUGAAGAAGUGGAAGCUUCUGCCACAGAACUAAUUGCUGAGGAAGGAACUGAAGUCCCUCAGGAUUCCCAAAACCAAACCAACGUUCAGCUUUCUGGAGAAGCAAUCAAAGAGUUUAUCUUUAUCGGUACAUCUGAAGCUGAAACUGUUGUCACAUCUGCAGGUGAAAUUAAGUUAGAAGGUGCUUCACAGAGGCCACUUUCUACCUCUGCUUCUGCGACUCAUGGGGUUGAGCCAAGUGUAGUUCCUCAGCCUGACCCACAGACUUCUGAGGGGCCCACUGUUCCUUCUUCUCUGGAAAUAAACCUUAAAACACAAGCAUCUUUGAUCAGAGGGGAGGAUUCCACAGUAGCAGCCCCAGAACAUCAAAUAUCAGCGAGAGUUCUUGAUUCCAAUAAUCAGGUGACAGAAAGCACUGUGGAGUUAAGUACUGAACCUACAACACCACCAUUUUCCCUUCUGGAAACUUCUAAUGAAACUGAUUUCCUGAUUGGCAUUAAUGAAGAGUCAGUGGAAGGCACAGCAGUCUAUUUACCAGGACCUGAUCGUUGCAAAACCAACCCGUGCCUUAAUGGAGGCACCUGCUAUCCUACUGAUACUUCCUAUGUAUGCACCUGUGUGCCUGGCUACAGUGGAGACCAGUGUGAACUUGAUUUUGAUGAGUGUCAUUCUAACCCGUGUCGGAAUGGAGCCACAUGUGUUGACGGUUUUAAUACGUUCCGGUGCCUCUGCCUUCCAAGCUAUGUUGGUGCACUUUGUGAACAAGAUACCGAGACAUGCGACUACGGCUGGCACAAAUUCCAAGGGCAGUGCUACAAAUACUUCGCCCAUCGACGCACGUGGGAUGCAGCUGAACGGGAAUGCCGUCUUCAGGGCGCUCACCUCACAAGCAUCCUCUCUCAUGAAGAGCAAAUGUUUGUGAAUCGUGUGGGCCAUGAUUAUCAGUGGAUAGGCCUCAAUGACAAAAUGUUUGAGCAUGACUUCCGUUGGACGGAUGGCAGCACACUGCAAUAUGAGAACUGGAGACCCAACCAACCAGACAGCUUCUUUUCUGCUGGAGAAGAUUGUGUUGUAAUCAUCUGGCAUGAGAAUGGCCAAUGGAAUGAUGUUCCCUGCAAUUACCAUCUCACUUAUACCUGCAAGAAAGGAACAGUUGCUUGUGGCCAGCCCCCUGUUGUAGAAAAUGCCAAGACCUUUGGAAAGAUGAAACCUCGUUAUGAAAUCAACUCCCUGAUUAGAUAUCACUGCAAAGAUGGUUUCAUUCAACGCCACCUUCCAACCAUCCGUUGCCUAGGAAAUGGAAGAUGGGCUAUGCCUAAAAUUACCUGCAUGAACCCAUCUGCAUACCAAAGGACUUAUUCUAAGAAAUACUUUAAAAAUUCCUCAUCAGCAAAGGACAAUUCAAUAAAUGAGUCAAAACAUGAUCAUCGUUGGAGUCGGAGGUGGCAGGAAUCAAGGCGCUGACCCCUAAAAUGGCGAAAAUGUUUGUUGUUUGUUUUCAUCAUUCAGCCAAAGUCCUAACUUCCUGUGCCUUUCCAAUCACCUCAAGAAGUAUUAUCAGUUGGUUUGGAGUUUUUGGACCACUGUCCAAUCUUUUUGAGUUGCCGUGCUCCCAAAAUAACAUGAAAGUUUCGGCUAUCAACAAGCAAGCAAGCAAAACGAAAGAAGAAGAGGGCAGUAAAUAACCAUUUCCAGCCUACCUAAUUUCUUUAGUUUUCUAUUUGCCUCUGGUGCAGACCAUUUUCUACAUUUUCUAAUGUAUACCAGCCUACUGUACUAUUUAAAAAGCUCAAUUUCAGCACCAAUGGCAAUGUAAAUAAGAUGAUUUAAUGUUGAUUUUAAUCCUGUAUAUAAAAUAAAAAGUCACAGUGAGUUCAGGCAUAUUUAAUGAUGAUUAUGGAGCCUUCGAGGUCUUUAAUCAUUGGUUUGGCUGCUUUUAUGUAGUUUGUUUAGGCUGGAAAUGGUUUCACUUGUCCUUUAUAUGUUAGCAAGACUGAGGGUGGCUUUUCCCGGACAACUAACAAACACAGCAAACACAGUCUUGUAGACCACUGCACCCAUCUCAGCCAUAGUGCAUGUGGCUUCCACGUGAUGCUGAAGUAUGAGAAGUAGGGACUGCAAUGUGGAACUCUUCUUUGCUGCAUUCCUUUUUUCUUCACUUUCAAGAAAGGCCUGAAUGGAGGACUUUUCUAUGACCAAGAGCAUUUUUUAGGGGUCACAGUGCUAAUUAUUAACUCAGCCGGAUCUAUUUUUUAGUGGCUUUCACACUAACUCUCAAGGUUACAGAACAAUGCAUUUCAAAUGGAUACAGACCUUGGGCUCUUGAGGGUGGGGGAUUGUUAAAACAACUGCAACAACACACAUGCAAAGAAAGAAAUUUUGUAUAUAUAACCAUUUUAAUCUUUUAUAAAGUUUUUGAAUGUUUAUGUAUGAAUGCUGCAGCUGUGACGCAUACAUAAAUAAAUGAAGUAAGCCAUACUGAUUUAAUUUAUUGGAUGUUAUUUUCUCCAAGACCUGAAAAUUGACAUAGUAUGCUAGUUAGUUUUCCAUGUUAGCCUUUCUACUUCCCUCCCACAGUUAGGAACCAUAUAAUAUAGAUAGUUUGUCCCUGAUUAAAUAAUGUGAUGGAUAGAACGUUGCAUCAAGUGUUUAUUAUAAACAGAGUGGAAAAGUGUUUAGCUUUCAGCAAAUGGUGUUUGCCCAGUCUAAGCAAGGAGCGUGUAUAUAGAAACAGUGUGGCCAUUUCUUCCUGAUAGGUGGAGAGUGUGCUGAACUUUCUCCCUCCCUGCACUCCGUUUUCUCACCUUUAUCUGAAUAAAGAGACUGCUGAAAAUGA